CGGAGUAGGUGAGCUGAAUGGUUCAACUCAGCUCUUCAACUACUUCCAGAGUGUUUUAGUCUCGUGUCGGGACCCUUCCCCACCAGUAUUCACCCGAAAUAUCAUAUAUCGUGACUUAUUCCACUGGUGGAUUCUCCAAAUUACCGCAAAAAAUCUUCGCACAGAUUGCCCUAGCCUUGAAUCAUCUCAUCUCUCCCCAAAUAUAAUCUGCCCCUUCGAGUGUAAUUAGAAAGAAAGCCGCAUCACUGGUAAAACAAACCAAAAAAUCAUCUCGUCCGUGGACUUCAUCAGAAGGUUAUCAAGUGUUCGUCUUUUCAAUUAAUGAAGAAUUUAUUAUUGAUUAAUGGAUUUUAAGAGUGAAAUAUUACUGUGCGAUUCACCGAUUAAAUCCAGAAUAUGUGUUAAGUCCAGACUGGACGUGUGGAUAAUCGCGAGAACUUAGUGAUUAAAAAUGUCAGACACUAUUUCAAAAGAACCGCUUAAUAACAACACCAGUAGCAACAAUGGAACCGCCAAAAUGAUAUCAGCGAAGGAUCGGGACGUUGAGAGGGGUGAUCUAGGAGGAAGAGGGGGAAAGAGUGAUCAAACGUCAGAGGAAGGAUCGGAGGCGCUACCUAGUGCCACGAUUUGUUCUCGUAGUGGUUCGAGUCGCGGUUGGCGGGCAGUUGCUCCUACGCUACGACAUAUAGCACUGGUGAUGAUAAUCUUUGGGAUCCUAUCUGGCCUCGUGGCCCUAGUAUGGAUCUACAUGGGACCUAUUUUUGUACUCCAAUUGUUUAUCGUCGUUGUCAUCGCGUAUUUCGUAUCUGGUGGACGACUCAGGUGGUUCUAUGUAGCUGCCAAAACAGCACCCAGAGAUGUCAAGGCUUUAUUGAAAUUUGCUCAACUGAUGUGGUGGAUGAGAUGUAACGAGAAGAAAAACCAAAGUGUCGCUGAUAUAUUCCGACAAAAUGUCGCCAAACACCCAAAUAAGCCAUGUCUCAUCUGUGAAGAUCGAGAAUGGACAUUCCAAGAGAUUGAGGAUCUUAGCAACAAAGUUGCGACAAUAUUCAAGACCCAUGGAUACAGAAAAGGCGAUGCUGUUUCGUUGUUGAUGGAAAAUCGACCCGAGUUCGUAGCUAUUUGGUUGGGACUGAGUAAACUCGGUGUAAUCAUUCCACUGAUCAACACCAAUCUCAGAAAAAGCUCAUUACUGCACAGUGUCAACAUUUCUAAAUGCCAGGCGUUAAUUUUCUCCGCUGAAUUGGCUGAAGCUGUUAAGGAUAUUGCACCUUCUCUGGAUGCAAAGCUAGCUCUCUACAGAUUUGGUGGCGAUGCAGGGGCGAACGCCUCAGGUCUCAAGGAAAAGGACUUGUCAGCACUUCUGGCUGAUGUUCCAUCAGUGCCUCCAGUUGUUCAAGAGAAAGGAAAUUAUAAAGAUAAAUUGAUGUACAUUUACACCAGUGGAACAACAGGACUUCCCAAAGCAGCAGUCAUCACGAAUUACAAAUUUAUGUUCAUCGCCGGUGGUAUUCACUUUUUAGCCGGAUUCAAAAGAUCCGACAGAUUUUACACUCCACUUCCUUUGUACCACACGGCGGGUGGUAUAAUGUCAAUAGGUCAGACCUUACUCCACGGUGGGACCACAAUCAUCAGAAAAAAAUUCUCAGCAAGUGCGUACUUCGAUGAUUGUCGCAAGUACAAUUGCACGGUCGCUCAGUACAUCGGAGAAAUGUGUCGUUACAUCCUGGCAGUACCUCCAAAACCCGAGGACAGCCAGCACAACGUCAAAACAAUAUUUGGCAAUGGUCUGAGGCCGCAAAUUUGGAAGGAGUUUGUCACUCGUUUCAAGAUCCCCAACAUUAAAGAAUUCUACGGAGCUACCGAGGGCAACGCCAACAUAGUAAACACCGACAAUACAGUAGGUGCAAUUGGAUUCGUGUCAAGGAUAGUCCCAGCGGUUUAUCCCAUUUCCAUCAUUAGAGUCGAUGCCGAAGGAGAGCCUAUCAGAAAUGCCAAAGGCUUGUGCAUCCCUUGCGAGCCCGACGAGCCUGGGGUUUUCAUCGGUAAAAUAAUUCCCAAUAAUCCCCAUAGGGCCUUCUUGGGGUACGUGGAUGAAAAAGCAUCCGAGAGAAAAAUAGUCAGCGAUGUAUUUGUGAAAGGAGAUAGUGCUUUCCUCUCAGGUGAUAUCGUAGUGGCGGAUGAGCUGGGGUAUCUUUACUUCAAAGAUAGGACAGGUGAUACCUUCAGAUGGAAGGGUGAGAAUGUUUCUACGUCAGAGGUCGAAGCUAUUGUCAGCAAUCUCGUUAAUUACAGAGAUUGUAUCGUUUAUGGGGUUGAGGUGCGGGGUGCUGAGGGAAGAGCGGGCAUGGUGGCGAUAUUCGAUGAGAAUGGUUCAUUAGAUUUAAAUCAAUUAGCACAGAGCAUACGAGAGCAUGUGCCAGCCUAUGCGAGACCUCAGUUUGUUCGAAUUCUAACGAAAAUUGAUCUCACAGGAACAUUCAAAUUAAAGAAGAAAGAACUUCAGGAGGACGGAUACGACCCGAACAAAGUGCGUGAUAAAUUAUACUAUUUGGAUCAAAAGUCCGGGUAUUUACCCUUGACGACAGAGGCAUACGAUCAAAUACAUCAGGGCAAAAUACGUUUCUAAUAAAAUAAAAUCAAAGAAACACAUGGAAUCGAAUAGACAACGAGCAAAAAAUUUCAGGCGGAAGACAUUCUAAAAAAACGAGUAAAUCAGGAGCGAAAUAAGAAGUACAGAACAACCAUGAAAUUGUUCUACUGUAUUUUGAAAAUUCGCUUCUGAGAAGAAACAAAAGAACAAAUAUCUCAUGAAUCUCAUGACUCAAGUGCAAUUACCGCUCGUUUAAUUGUACUCCAAUGAAAGUGAGAUCAUAAAAUGUGUUCUUGAGAGACAGAUAUUUUUUUUUAUAUGAGAAUAUACGUUUUAUGGUAAAAUCCGCCUUCCAUCUUGAAUUAUUGUAAAUAGAAGUGGAUAUAAGUAUAAUUUUAAGUAGAUUUUCAUUUUAAGCUGAGCUUUUUGACAUUACACAGCUGAUCAUUUAUCACGUACUUAUGUCGCUUCGGUUUCGGAUUCAUCGACAUUCAUUCUUUUAUUUCUCUCUAUUAUGUCGUGUUAAGGAAGGAAUACGUUUGAAAAGCGUUUAACGCGCGGUAUCGCACAAACAGAGGCUUUAUGAUAUUUGAUUUAUUGAGCAAUCAAAAUCAAGUGAUUAUCUGUGACUUGUUUUUCAGUCAACAGUUAUUUCUACAAGAUUUUUUUCAGCGGGUGUAUGCGGUUUGUCACAAUGAUUUAGCAAACAUUGUUAUUUGUUAUUUUUUUAGAAAUAAAAUGACGAUAUUUUAUAUAUA